AUGGCCAAACACUCUUUGAGUACACCUCUUCCCCAAGGAGGAGGGGAGAAAAAGAAGGAAUCUUCUUCCCGCCUGACUUGGGGUCGUGAUCAAAAGAGCACCGUUGUUGAGAAGAAGAAAAUGAUGAAUGAAUUCGAAUACGAAGAACUCGAGGCAGCGACUGAGAACUUCUCUCCCUCUAAUAUGAUUGGUAAAGGAGGCCAUGGACAAGUCUACAAAGGCAUUCUCAAAGAUGGUAGACUUGUAGCCAUCAAAAAGCAAUCACUGGGCCUUGAAAAGCUUCAAGACGGUUCCAAACUCAAUAAUGAAGUUAGAAUCCUCUCAAAAUUACCUCCAAACAACCCAUACACCAUCAACCUGGUUGGGCUGAGUCAACUCAGUCAUGGACCUGCCAAGAGCAAAGUCCUUGUCAUGGAACACAUGCCCAAUGGCACUCUUCAUCACCUUCUUCAUGUAGCCUCCCAACCUCCACCAUGGCCUAAGCGUGCCCAAAUCGCCAUCCAAAUCGCUAGAGCCGUGCAGUUUCUUCACGAAUCAAAGCCAAUGAUCAUCCACAGAGACAUCAAGUCUGCAAAUAUACUGUUUGAUUCGAGUUGGAAUGCCAAGUUGGCUGAUUUUGGGCUCUCUCUGAACAUGAAUGACCAUGACUCAGUGAGUCAGCCGGUCAACUCAUGGAGCCGACCAGCUGGUACUAUUGGGUACUUGGACCCUUGUUACACCACCCCGAGCAAGCUGAGCACGAAAAACGAUGUGUUUAGUUUCGGAGUGGUGUUGCUUGAGAUCAUUAGCAGCACGAAAGCCAUCGAUGUUUCAAGGGCCCCGGCUGCAAUGGUGGAAUGGGCAUUGCCAUUGAUCGAAGAGGACCAAGUAGAAGAAAUUUGUGAUAAAAGAAUUGCAGUGCCAAGGUACAUGGAAGGGACGAUAAGGCAGCUGCUAAGAAUAGCAGCAAGUUGUGUGUGUUUAGAAGAAGAUCACCGUCCCUCAAUGGGGAAGGUUGUCAUAGAGAUGGAGAACUGCAUAGUUGAUCAACCUGUUCAAUUUCCUAUAUGGAUGAACAUGAACCUCUUACACAGCCUUGUAACGAAAAAGUGGUGGAAAAGGGCUGCAAAGCGAUGCAGAACCACCAUCAUCACCGCCAAAGCCACAGCCGCCACUACCACCAUAAUUUGUGCAGCCACAGCAGAAGAAGUAAAUGGUGGGCGCAGCUCCUCUGCUGUGAGGAAAAAACAGCACAGUAUGUUGUUAAUUAAAACGCCGACGUUUUAGUUAGUUUUGCACAGAAAAACAAAUUCCCUAAAAUAAGUGUAGAAAGUCUUUAAUGAGAUUAUGAGGUGCGGACCAGAGGGGAGGUUCCCUCUCCAAAAUAUGAAGGCUUCUCUCUCUAAAAUGGUCUUCCCUUUAGUCUCAGGUGAGUUUACCGGUCAUUAUUUUUUUUACUCCGUUGUGUCGCUACCAGAGAACUCAUCCUCCUCCACCUUCCCUACGUUUCAUUCGGUUUCUCGAUUGUAUCAACUAUCAAUCACCAAUAUCAAUGUAGAAAUGGGGUUUCAAUUUCUUCUUGUUUGGAGUCCCAUUGAAGCAAAAAGGAAUAGGGUAUAAAAUCAAGCUUCAUGGUCAAUAAUGAGGAAGUUCAGGUGUUGAAGCAGAUGGAGAAAGGGCCUAACAGACAUUGAUGAAUUGGAUUUCGGUGAUAACCCAUGUUGCAUCCAAAUUUGUGAUCUUAUUGUUUGUAGUAUGGCAGUCAGUG